UCGUACGUUGACGUUGCAGGCAGCGAGCGAUUGUUUACAAAACAUAAAUUUGUAAAAUAGUAGGUACCUAGUACUAAAUCAAAUAUUUUUUUUUGAACAGAUCAAUAGCUUAUAAGUUCCAGUAAAAAAGCAAUCCAAAAUGAAUUUUAAAAAGCAACAGAAGAUUACAAAGUUGUUUCGGAAAGGAAUUAGUACAAGGCCUGUAGAGGAUCACGAUGAAAUACAAGAAGAACUGAAACAAUUAGAGCGACAGCUGAAGGAGAAACAGGACGAAUUGUUUCAGCUGCAAAGGAACAGUUACCGGUGUAAGGCAUCUCCUGUUAAGAAAACUGCAGAGUCGUUUAUCAGCCCACAGAAAAUUGUGCUGAACAACUCGGUGGAAGGCAUGAAGCGGGAGUUGGCCCUGAUGUCAAUGCUGACGGGCAUGGAGGUGCAGUCAUACGCUGUGGAUGACCACUGCUGCAUCGUCUACCAUAUGCAGCACGACACCAAGCACGAAGUCAAACAUGGCUUGAGGAUCGAAACUAAGUCAGGAAUAAAUGAAAUAUCAAAGUCAUCCUUGCCACUUGGCUUUAAUUUUAAUGCGGUCAUGGAGGACUUUGAGAACAUAAUGAUGCCAGACUGUCUCGGGGCCAUCAGGAAGGCGCUGCAGGCCUACUACAGCAGGCUAGACCAGUUUGAGGCUCUCAAGAAAUUUGUGAACACAGACGCACAGCUGUUCAAGAUACUAGAUGGUUCUCACAUAGAGAUAUCCUUCCUGGCACAGAAUGAUGUUGAAGAGGAUGAAGAGCCUGUCAGUGUCGUGCUGAUGCUGGACUACAGGGUGUACGACAUCAGGCCUAAGACAUUCACUUUCAAGGAACUAGAUUUGCCUGAAGGCGCAGCAGUGGCGUUGGCUGAACAAUGUACCAUGUUCAAAAGGAAGCCAUUGCAUAAAGCUUUCAAAGAAGCUUUUGUUGACGGAGUCGGGCCUUAUAAGAUGAUAAAUCAGGCGGGCGCACGGGAGUCGCAGCGCCGCCGGCCGCAGAAGCGCUGGCCGCGCGCUCACCAACAUUACAACAACGACGACACCUUCCGGCCCGAAGAAUGUUCUGACCAGAGCAAUGGCGCCGAUGAAGAGUGAGAACGAUAUUGAAUGAACUAAUUUGUAAGCGUGUGAGUGGAAUUAAAUAUUUUUAUACUAUAA